CGGGCCCACCGCGCACGCACGCUUGACAUCGCCUUCCCUCGAGCCCCGAACUCUUCCUCCUGUCCACGGCCACCGUCGCGGCAGUUCGAGCUCCUCCCAAUUCUCCGAAGCAACCUCCGACGAGGUGACUUUCCCCUCGCCGGAAUCGAACUCGCGAGGCCCUGGCCUUCAAAUUGUGACACCUUCAUCAUAUCAGGUCUGUGGCCACCUGUAGAGAAGAGAACUGAUGCAGGCAUCUAGAGCUAGGCUUUUCAAGGAGUAUAAGGAGGUACAGCGAGAGAAAUCAGCUGACCCAGAUAUCCAACUAAUAUGCGAUGAUUCAAACAUAUUCAAGUGGACAGCUCUUAUCAAGGGCCCUUCCGAGACACCUUAUGAAGGUGGUGUGUUUCAACUUGCGUUUGCAAUUCCAGAGCAGUAUCCUCUGCUACCUCCACAAGUUCGAUUUAUGACCAAAAUUUUCCACCCAAAUGUGCAUUUCAAGACAGGUGAAAUAUGCCUGGAUAUUUUGAAGAAUGCAUGGAGCCCUGCAUGGACCCUGCAAUCUGUUUGUAGAGCAAUAAUUGCAUUGAUGGCUCAUCCCGAACCAGACAGCCCACUUAACUGUGAUUCAGGCAAUCUCUUGCGAUCAGGCGAUAUUAGGGGCUAUCAAUCAAUGGCCCGUAUGUAUACAAGGCUGGCUGCCAUGCCAAAGAAAGGUUAGCUGCAGAGGUGCGAAAGGAAACAUGCGCCAAGCCAGGAACGUGGGCAGAUUCGUGCAUCACUUGAACUUGUCAGGUGUACCUUGUGAUGUCAGCAUAUGAACUUGUGUCCCUUGUUAUGUGUGUAUUUAGGGUAGCAGUUAGAAAACAUGAAUUCCAGAUGCUUGAUCCAUGGUGUAAUAAAUCUUACUUGGGAUUUGGUAAUCUGUUGCAGUAUUCACGGUA